UCAAAGUCUUAAGUAAAACUUAGAUAUUUACAUAUGUUUGCGUUUGGUAUUAUUUUUAUUAAACGCUGUACCUCUCAACAGCCCUUUGGAAGACCCUAGAAAUAAUGUCUAGAAAGUCAGAGGGCACGAACUCCCAGGCAUUGUCCUGUGAUUCAGAAGGCAUCAGUUCAAGGUCAUUGCACAUACGUGAACAAUGGACUGGCAAACUGGACUUCUUGUUUUCAUCUCUGGGCUAUGCUGUGGGUCUCGGCAAUGUCUGGAGAUUUCCAUAUUUAGCCUACAGCAAUGGCGGAGGGGCAUUCUUUAUCCCAUACUUCACUAUGGUCAUAUUUGUUGGCACGCCCAUUUUUGUCAUGGAAACUAUCAUUGGUCAGUUCAGCAGCUGCGGUCCGACUACGUGCUGGGAUUUUUGUCCAUUUUUCAAAGGCUGUGGUUUUGCAAUGGUUACUGUCUCGUUUCUUACAUGUGUAUACUACAAUAUGAUCAUAGCCUGGGCCUUCUACUACGUUUAUGCUUCGCUGGAGUCUCCAGUGCCUUGGUACACUUGUGGGAAGUGGAGCACAAAAUACUGUGUCGACAGAGUUCACAUUUUAUCACAGGAAGAGUGCCACAAUUCUUCCGGCAUUGCACUGAGCAAUGGUAUUUGUCAGACGAGGUUGCACAACGACUCCCUGGUAUUGUGGAAUAGGACACUUGCAAAGCAGAGUGGCAUUGCUCUCACAUUUCCUGCUAAAGAAUAUUUUGAGCGCAGAGUUCUUGGGUAUGGAUUGGGUAAUGACAUUACAAACAUUGGUCCAAUGAGAAUUGAGCUAAUUCUAAGCCUAACUGUUGCCUGGGUGAUUGUCAUAGUUUGUCUUGCUAAAGGAAUCCGGGUAUCAGGAAAGAUUGUAUAUUUGACGGCUACUUCCCCCUACCUAAUGCUGAUUAUUCUGUUUCUCCGUGGCAUUCGUCUUCCCGGUGCGGGAAAAGGAAUUCAGUAUUACAUCUUACCCAAUAUGAGCGCCUUAUCUUCAGCCAAAAUAUGGCAGGAUGCUGCUGUACAAAUUUUCUUCAGUUUGUCUUCUUCCUAUGGAGGUAUCAUUGCACUGUCAAGUUAUAACAAGUUUAACAAUAACAUCUUAAGAGACAGCCUGGUUGUUUGUGUAGGCAACUCUGCGACUAGCAUCUUUGCCGGCUUUAUCGUGUUUUCUUUCCUAGGCUUCCUGUCCUUUGACCUGAAUGUCCCCAUUCAUCAAGUAGCCGAGGCAGGUCCUGCAUUAGCUUUCACAAUUUACCCUUUCUGUUUGACCAAAUUGCCCGGAACAAAUUUCUGGAGUGUUUUAUUCUUUGUGACUAUAAUCCUCUUGGGUAUCGACAGCCAAUUUGUUUUAGUUGAGACUGUAAUCACUGGUAUUAUUGAUAUGAAACCAAGACUGCGCGAACAGAAAUGGAUUACAGUUGUGACGAUAUGUGGGAUUAUGUUUUUUCUGGGUUUGCCCCUGACAUGUAAUGGAGGUCUGGACGUGAUGGAGCUGAUGGACACGUACUCGUCAGGCUGGAACGUGAUAUUUAUAGCUUUGUGUGAGUGUACAGCACUGCAUCUCUAUGGACUAUGUAGGUUUAUUAAGGACCUGGAAGCGAUGAUUGGACAGCAAUUUUGUUUAUACAACCACUGUACUAGAGUUUGUCGAUUCUGGUGGAUAUCUUGUUGGGGGAUUAUAACGCCUUCAUUGUUACUGUUUGUAUUUCUCUUCUCUGCUGUGAAUCAAACAAGGAUAGAAAAGUUCCCAGCUUGGGUAGACUACAUUGGUUGGGGGAUGCUGUCAUCAGCUACUUUCUGGAUUCUUGUCAUAGGUGCCUAUGUUAUUGUCACAGCCCAAGGAACAAUCCAACAGAGAAUUUACAGUGCAUUUGUACCAACUAUUUGGUGGGGGCCAGCUCUCUAUGAAAAUAGGAUUACCGUUGCUGGCUAUGUUGAAGGUUUCACUGUCGACCCUGAGGCUCUAACAAUUAUUUCAAUGAAGAAUGAAGUGGAGAAUAAAGAGACUAGGAGUACCCUGUACUGAUACAGUUUGACUACCAAGUAGAAUGAAUGUCCAGCUCAACCACAUCAUGAGCUACAACAUUUCAACCAAUGGUCCAGUGAUAGUUUUUUAUUGCAAACUGCUUUGUAACAACAAAAAACAACAUCUCAUAAUAAUGACAGCCUUUCCGACUUACAUUUACUCAGUUA